AAUUCCUUCAAACCAAACCCUAUUAUACUCUAAUUCAUAAUUUAACCACUCAAAUUUAAUUUGAUAAAAACAACUCAAUCCAAAUUCCACACACGCUUCAUUUUUCCUAAUUCAAUAAAACCAUUUCUACUGUGCCACACACUCACAGCAUUUGUAUUAAUGUAGUGGAUUAGACUAACAAACAAAAAAUUAAAUUAAACGAAAAGGAAAACGUGGGGGGCAAAAUGUGUUCAACUUCAACCAUACAUACAAAGAAAAAACCCUUCAUGCAGCUAACAUCUCCCUCCCUCCCUCUCUCUCUCUCUCUCUCUCAUGGCUGCCGCCAAAAAGGGAAGAAAAAAGGGCAAUAGAAGCAGCUUCCUCUGCUCCUUUGCUGCCUGUUUCGGUUCCAACAAAGUCUCCGCCGAUCAUAGCGACAGAAAAUCGCUCUCCGGCCGCCAGCCGCGAGCUGCUCUUCCGGUCAACGAUCACUAUACUCAGGCGCCGCCGUCGGAGAUCGUGAAGGCUUCGAGCAAAGAAAUUCAUGUUGUGGAACAGGAUGAGGAGAAGAUCGCAAUUCCAUCUGCGGAUGAACUAAUUAUCACUAAUAAGUCACACGAAAAUAGAGAGGAAUCCAAUCCAAUAACAACAAGUUCGAUAGUAAAACGGGGGGAAAAACAAAACGGCACCGCGGGUGGCACGUGGACAAAGCAACGCAAGCUGUCGCACUCAGCUUCGCUGCCGCCGCUGCAUCAGAAGAAACAGGCGGCGGGCGGCGGAGACAAAACGGUGGUAGUCGGCGAAUUUGACUCGACGGUUGGCGCGGUGAUAAUAUCGGUGACUUUGGUAGUGAUGAUAAUUUGGGGUAAAGUUUGGGCGAUUUUGUGUAUGGCAGCUUGGUUUUACUUCAUACCUCGAUUUAGAGCAAAAAUGGACGAAUCAUACGCGAUUAAAUUCAAGAGCGGCGAAAGCGACGCUGUUGAUUUUGAUUCGUGGGAGUAUAAGAAAAGGGUUGUUUUGCAAGGAUUGCUCCAUCGAAAUCAAACCCUAUGACUGCGAGUUUUGUGUUUUAGAUGCUGUGGUGUAAUUUAUCUAUACUUUUUUUUUUUUCGUUUAAUUUUGAUCGAGUCUGUUUAAAAUUGGGUGUUUUUUUUUCUUUUCUUUUUUCAAGAUAAUUGUAUACAUGUUAGGAGUGUUUUUUCUUUUCUUUUUUUUAAUCAUAUAUAUAUAUCUAUAUUUGAAUUACGUAUUUCAAA